AUGGCCCUCACAGCGCAGUCAGUGCUCUCCAUCACAGGACAAAAGGAUACACAGUACACCAAGAUAUUUGUGGGUGGCCUGCCCUACCACACCACCGACCAGAGUUUGAGAGAGUACUUUGACAAGUUCGGCGAUAUUGAGGAGGCGGUCGUCAUCACAGAUAGACAGACUGGCAAAAGCAGAGGAUAUGGAUUUGUAACAAUGGCAGAUAAGAUAUCGGCAGAGAGGGCUUGUAAAGAACCGAAUCCAAUCAUUGAUGGCAGGAAAGCCAACGUUAACCUGGCCUAUCUUGGAGCAAAACCGCGACAAAAUGGACUUGCCA